CCUAACCCCGAAAUAGCAAAUUAAGCGAGCACACACUCGCAGCACCAAAAAUCCAACAUUUGGGUCUGAAAUUCGAGAUCACGAAAACUUGCCGACGCCUUGAUUCUGACCGUAUCGCCUGUUCAACGUCCAUACCGCAAAAAUGUCCAACGUCUCCGCCGACCUUAUCUGGGAGAUUUCCCGCCCCCAGAACUCGUACCUCGUCAAGACGAGGACGGGCCAGUUCUCGCGGGAUCCCCUCAACCUGACGAACCUGCACUCGCGCAAGUACGCCGGUUUCGUCAAUGACAAGGCUAUCGGCAUCUCCGCCAACGAGAAGGGUGGUGUUCAGGUGACCAGCAAGAAGCCCGCUUCGGCCAACAAGCCCGCCUCGGGCCUGCACACCGUCACCUACGGCGGCAACAAGACCUCCCGCAAGACCUACCGCGCCGUUGCCAACCAGGCUGCCAAGAACAACUACCGCGCCGACCUCCGCGCCGCCGCUGUCUCGCGCGCCAGCGGCAUCCGCCGUUCCCAGAGGGCCGUCAAGCCCGACCCGGAGCAGAAGCUCAGGGGCAAUGCCGCUAAGAAGGCUGCCGCUGCCAAGCAGUAGAGGAUGAUGAAAGGGCAGGAAGGGUCGGAAGCGCAGCUCUGCAUUGAGUCCGCAAACCUCGCGCCGAGGAGUGCAUGACAGACGAUGGGAUGCGGGGCAAUGGGACAGGACGGAUUGCCAAAACUUGCAUUCAGGAACGGCCACGGCGUUUGAUAUCCAAAGAAUCGAUCACUCAAGCGGGGUCUUUGCAGCCCGGAU